AUGGAAGCGGGUCGAUUCCGGGGUUGCCACGGGCUAGGAUACUGCCACUGGACUGGUGUCGAGGUAAGCUGGCGCGGCUGCAUUGUGGCCCGGUCGGGCGCGGCGCUAGCGCCUGCCUCUGCAACUGCUUCUGCCCGCGUCCGAUUCAAGAUGCGUUGUGCGAGUGCGUUCGUACACCACAGGGUGAACGCAGCUGGUCUGCAGAUAUGCUGGCUCCCCGGUACUACUGUGCGCGCACGGAAACACGCCAAUAAAGCGAGGUACUCUAACACAGAUCCCGGUGACUGCUUGCGACUUCGAAUGAUGUUCACGGACCGGUACGAUACAGGCGCGAUUACGACCUUCUAUGGCGUACCGCCACUAGCGCGCACCCACUGGCGCGCUCUCUGCUCCCAAGUUACUGCGCUACCAGACUACACUGACCUCGACGCGAUCAUUGAGACCUGCAGAAGCGCUAUCCCGGAGAACUCUGAACUCUGGGGAAGCAAGUCUGACGUGACGGAGCGCGGCCAAGCAGUGCAACAGUUUCUGCACAGGCUGCGGCGCGAGGAUCCGGAACGAUUGGCCAAAGAGAUCCUGCCGUCCAUGAUAAACCGGGAGAGGAAACGUUUCCUCAUGGGUACCAAAUUAACCGUUGCAGACGUCGUCGCCCUCUUUGCCGUUCGGCCGGUAAUUGCACGGUGGAAUCGUUCAUCGGAAACCAGGUACGAUUCGGAGGAGAUGCUGAAUCUCUGGGAUUGGUUUGAUUUCACACAGCACGCUGUGCAUGAAUUCGGCGACCAGGAGACGUUCCAUAUCGUGCUUCCGCCGGUGGCACACGCGCUCUUCGACUACGAGAUCCUGGAUUUGCAGGAUGAGGCGCUGAUCGAUAAGCUGUGGUCUCCGGACAGCGACAACCAGAAUGCGGGUGAAAUACGGCUCGUGUUUAGUUCCAUCCCAGACGAGGCAGCAUCAGAUGCCACAGCGGGAAUCACCUCUGCGGUGAAGGACAGCGAGCGCGAUAGCGGCGCAGGUGUGGGUGCUGGUUCAGGAACGAGGCGCAAAACCAAGGGCACUCGGGGCCGCCAGGCAUCAGCUGAUGCUAGCAGUCGAGCAGUGAGCAACGUGGACGACGAAGAGGCAGCAUUCGAGGCCGUUGCCAAUGCCGUUGACGUCAGCGGCGGCAUCGGUACCGCAAACGAAAGUGCAAAUGGGGCAAAACAAGUAAGCGCUUGGGGUAAGGCAACCACGAAGCAGCGCCGUAGCCAGGCAUCAGCGACUGGCGGUUCUGGACAAGCACAGGCGGCGGAUACGGCAUCGCUUGGAGAGCGGAAGCGCGCCACUGAUGAUGCCAGUGGUAACGACUCGGAAUACAAUAGCGUAUCGCCUCGACCUGCGCAGGCAAACGCCGCCGAUACCAUGUCGACCACAAAGGCUGCCUCAGAGGAUACAGAGACGCGCUCUGAACAAGUCGAUCACGAGACGCCUCCUGCGUCUAUGGAGAACGCAGCUCCCGCAAUGAAACUCUCAAAAACCAAGACUCCUGAAGCACCACCACCGAAAGCUGCUGGUCCAUCGCCCACAUCCACAAAAGAGGACCGGUCUCCGCUCGCUCGCGUCGAUAUUCGGGUCGGGGAGAUUCUCACUGCAAAGCCGCACCCCGAUGCCGACGCACUCUAUGUCGAGGAAAUCGAUAUUGGUCGAGACAGCGGUCCCGUUACGGUGUGCAGUGGCCUCCGCAAGUACAUCCCCGAUGCAGCAGAGCUACUCGGGCCGUGUAUCGUGGUGGCAAACCUCAAACCCGUGAAAAUGCGCGGUAUUGUUUCCGAGGCGAUGGUGCUCUGCGCCACCUCAGCCGACGGGACACAAGUGGAACUCGUCAAGCCGCCUCCUGGAGCCAAGCCCGGAGACCGCGUCUACUUUCCCGGUACAGAUGCAGACCGCGAUAACCAGCCGGAUGCGCAGCUGAAUCCGAAGAAGAAAAUAUUCGAGAAAGUUGCAGAACAUUUCCGCACGAGCACGGAUCCGUCUUGUGAGGCUCGUUACGGUGACAUUCCGUUUACGACGGAUAAAGGACCGUGUCGAGCCGCCACCAUUCAAGGAGGCACGAUUCGCUGA